CCUGCAUUUGACCAUCUGGCGAUAAUAGUUUAAUUUGGGGUAGUCCAAAAAGAACAAGAAGUCGGAAAGCUUGUGAUAUCAAUAUAGAUUGAUGAAUCUUUGAAUAAAGGAGAAAUACAGAUCAAUUAUCCAUCUGCGACUUCGAUUGUGAAUCAAUUUCAUUAGUACAACAGGAUUUGGUGAAUUAUUAGCACCAUAUUCAUUCAUAUAGGUACUCGCAACUACCUACCCUCACUUCUCCAUAUCACGAAUCCCCAAAAUUACGACCAACCACCUUGUUAUUGACACAGUCAACAUGCGCUUCUCAACUCCAGCGAUCCUUUUGACAGUCAGCAGUCUCUUUGGGGCUGCUGUAGCUCAUAAUAUUCAACUUGCAGCUCAUGGCAGAGAGUGCUUUCACGAACAGCUUCAUAAAGAUGAUAAAAUGACGGUUACAUUCCAAGUUGGAGAUAGAGAGUUUGGCAGCGCUGGCAAUUUGGAUAUUGACUUUUGGGUGAGUAAGGCUAAAGUCAAGCUCACACAUUUGGCGUGUUUCUGUUACGGAUCUGAUACUGAUGGGAAUUGGAAUUUAGAUUCAAAACCCCGCCAACGGAUAUGAGGCACAUGAGAGAGCUGUAUCUAACGGAGAUCACUCAUUUACUGCCAACCACGAUGGCAAAUACUUAUACUGCUUCAGCAACGAGCAUUGGUCGGCAACUAGCAAGGACGUAUCUUUCAAUGUUCACGGCAUUGUCUAUGUACCAGAGGCUGAAGCUCCAUCUGAUCCUCUGGAGGCGGAAGGUAAAGCUAAACCAUUCAUCACAUCGGAAAUAUUUGAAGCUUACCAUCGAUGACAGUUCGACAAUUGUCCGAGCUCCUUGCUCAAGUGAAGGAUGAACAAUCAUACAUUGUAGUGCGCGAGAGAACCCAUCGAAACACGGCAGAGAGCACAAACGGCAGAGUCAAGUGGUGGAGCAUCUUCCAGAUGUUAGUUCUGGUUGGUGAAGGUAUCUUCCAAGUAUGGUGGUUGAAACGAUUCUUCGAGGUAAAAUAGUUACAGUACCGAACGCUUCUAUGUUUUGAGCCGGUAACUGAUUGACUUGCGUAGGUCAAACGCGUUGUUUAAGAAUACUCAAACAUCCAUAUUUCGUUCAACUGGUUCGGCGCAACUUUCACAAUCAAUGGAGUGUGAUAUUGGGCCCAACAUUGGAAAAGCGAUGUACUAACAUUUUUCGAUUCGAAUUUCCGACUGGGGCUUAUUGUAUUUCAUACGCGUUAUUAUGAGGUAUUGGCCAGGCGCGCCCUUUUCCUAAUUUUUCGUCGCUUCUAGGUAUCAUGGCAAUGCACAAGGGCGGGAAGGAACUCUUUUAUACGGGAUAUCACGCAGCAAAAUCACCAGUAGUAUCAGAUGAUCCAUUACAAAAUCCCACGGAUUAUCAACUAAUGUUCAUCCCAACCAAAGCCCUAGCGGCUAAAUUGCAAGGCUAUUUUCUUUAGAUUCGUGCAGAUGUCGACCCAAAUCGUAUUCGGAUUCAUAUUUUCAUACUAUCCACGCCUCAAACCUUU